GCAGUAAGUUACCGGACAACAGCUAAGGCGCUGGAUCUAUUGGGAGAUCGACCUUGGAAAGUCUAGGUCGUAAUGAAUCUCGACCGUACAUAUAUGGCUGGCAACCAGAGCGAUCUGCCAACGGACCAUCACUUUGACGUACUGUACAUUUAGGAGACAGUACAGGCGGCAUGGGCUUCUCAAAGCCAUGGCAUCUGCAGUGUACUAUGUAGCGUUCCCUGCAGGAGGAUUGAUUGUCAAGGCUCUGUCUGGCACCUGGCAGUGGCUCAAUACUACGGAGUACCGAUUUGGAAACUCACGAGUAGGUGCGGGGUUACUCGAUUGCUUCCGCUGCGGCCCGGCGAAGCCCGCAAGCAGGAGACCCACUUGUCGGCACCGCUGGGAUAUGAGUUAUGAACACGAUAGACGUUCUUGUUGAGGAGAUGUUCUUUGUCAGGAGGUUCCUGGGAUGAACGUCCGUGCUCAGCCACUCUAACUCCAUGGGCUCGUGGUUCCCUCCCCUGGCCUGAUCGCUUACCCAGUUACCACACCCCCUCGGCCGGUAAACCCGUUGUGUGACUGUUACCGACGUCCAGGUGUCCGUCCUCAAGCAUAAUCUCACUGGUCACCGACCGGCUCCAAUUAUGGUAGGAAGCUCGAACUCAUGUAGCAGGACGGGAAGGCCGUAUGUAUGCAUUCUAAGUUGGUUUUCUUUUAUCAGAAAGAAGAAACAACGAUCAAUUUGAGAAACGCCUUCGCCGCUUGAUAUACACCAGUCAACCCUUGGUAGUCAUUAAACAAAAGGAAUCACAUCAGGAAUGUCCAAACGCAGAGACACACACACACACACACACACACACACACACACACACACACACACA